AUGAUUUCAUACCUUUUCACGCACAUUAUUAACCCUUUAGCCUAUAUCGUGCCCGUCCUCCUAGCUGUUGCCUUCCUUACACUCCUAGAACGAAAAGUCCUAGGCUACAUGCAAAUACGCAAAGGCCCAAAUAUCGUUGGUCCUUAUGGACUUCUACAACCCAUCGCCGAUGGAGUAAAACUAUUUACUAAAGAGCCCAUCCGACCAUCCACUUCUUCCCCCCUCCUCUUUCUUAUAACCCCCAUACUAGCCCUUACUUUGGCCCUCACCCUCUGAACCCCAAUACCCCUCCCAUACCCAGUAGCCGACCUAAACCUGGGAAUUUUAUUUAUCCUAGCGCUGUCCAGCCUCGCAGUAUACUCAAUCCUCGGCUCAGGCUGAGCAUCCAACUCAAAAUACGCACUAAUCGGAGCCCUUCGAGCCGUAGCCCAAACUAUUUCAUAUGAAGUAAGCCUAGGACUUAUCCUCCUAUGCACCAUCAUCUUUACAGGGGGCUUUACCCUUCAAACAUUUAGCACUGCCCAAGAAGGCAUUUGACUGAUCCUCCCCGCCAUACCACUAGCUGCCAUAUGGUACAUUUCCACACUAGCAGAGACAAACCGCGCCCCGUUCGACCUCACUGAAGGAGAAUCGGAACUAGUUUCAGGCUUCAAUGUAGAAUAUGCAGGGGGCCCUUUCGCUUUAUUCUUUUUAGCGGAAUACUCAAACAUCCUUCUUAUAAAUACACUCUCCGCCACACUAUUUUUAGGGGCAUCUCACAUCCCUACCUUUCCCGAACUAACUGCCGCCAAUCUAAUAACAAAAGCAGCACUUCUAUCAGUUUUAUUCCUAUGAGUUCGGGCCUCAUACCCACGAUUUCGUUACGACCAGCUAAUGCACUUAAUUUGAAAAAAUUUCCUCCCUCUUACACUAGCUCUGGUCAUCUGACACCUAGCCCUCCCCAUCGCAUUUGCUGGUCUUCCCCCUCAACUAUAA